AUGUGCACGAGGGGCCACUGGAGACCGUCGGAGGACGAGAAGCUGAAAGAGCUCGUUGCGCUGUACGGGCCGCACAACUGGAACGCCAUCGCCGAGAAGCUUCAAGGGAGAUCAGGGAAAAGCUGCAGGCUGAGGUGGUUCAAUCAGCUGGACCCGAGGAUCAACCGGAGCCCCUUCUCGGAGGAAGAGGAGGAGCUGCUCCUCGCCUCCCACCGCGUCCACGGCAACCGGUGGGCCGUCAUCGCCAGGCUCUUCCCGGGGCGCACCGACAACGCCGUCAAGAACCACUGGCAUGUGAUCAUGGCGCGACGGUGCAGGGAGCGGAUGAGGCUCUCAAACAGGCGCGGCGGCGCUGUCGCCGGCGGUGCUGUGGAAGAUGACAAUAACCCUAGGAACGCCAAGAAGCCGAGGCCUGAUGCGAGCAGCAUUAUGGCCUCCUUGCUAGACAAGUACCGAAGAGAAUUUUCUGUCGUCCCGUUUGCCAUUAACCAUGAUAGCAACAAGCAGGACUAUUGCUCAACUACUAAGGAAGGCACAAACAAAUCAGUUGAAUUCUAUGAUUUUCUCCAAGUGAAUGCGAACUCGAGCGAUACCAAGUGUGGUUUGAGCAUUGGGGAGCAAGAGGAGAACCGGGAUGAUCAAGCUGAAGUGCAGGUUGAGUUCAUAGAUUUCCUGGAGGUUGGGGCUUCUCAUCGUCAGUGA